AUGCGUUUCCUCGAUACCUUGCUUCUUGGGUUGGCCGUCGCUGGCAACACCGUACUUGCCACCAUCGAUCUCGGUCAAAUUGAAAAUGGGGCCGGACAGGCCUUGUUGAACGUCGCCUGGAUUGGAGGCGACAAUCCAUGCAAGACGAAGGAAUACGUCAGUAUCACUGCGAGUGCCGAAAGUCCCUGUGGUGUUCGCUUUACGCUGAGCAACGGGUAUACGUACUAUGAGGGGAACUGCGGUACUAGUGCCAUCGACAUCUGGAACAACAACGGCACGUUCAACUCUCAUUGCCAGAACAAGUCCUGGAAAUACCAGUUGAACCACAAUACUUGGAUCCGACAGACCUGGACGUGCUACUAG